AAUUUAAUUGUGCCUGGGGUAGAUCGUUUGCAUUUCGAAGGGAAUAUGUGUAACAGAUAUUAGCGUCCUUUAUUUAGUCUGACGACAUACACUCUUUUGGGCCACGACAGGGUGGUAGGUGUAAACGGUUACGUCACCCGUUCUGUCUAUUUUAAUAUGAAAUUAAAAGGGAAAAGUUCCCGGGUUUUGCAACCCGAAGAGUGCGGGGUCUGGCUGGACACUUCCGAACUGAAGAGGAGACCGCAACAGAUGGUGAUUCCUUGUGCCUCUUCAAAACGGUUCAAUCCAAUUGCAAGAAAGAAUGCCUCUAAUGCUUUUGUGUUUGACUUCACUCAAACAAGGAUAGUCCAGCCUUGCACCAAGCAAACCUCAAUGUACUCUUUCUUCACACCAGCUGGGAAGAAGCAUAUGUUGCAGACAGACUCCCCCACUGCGAUAAAUGAAAAUGCUCCACCAGAAAGCACUAACCAAGAACUCAACCAGCUGGAAUCAUUAACCCAAGAAAGUUUGGGGUCUCCAAAAGUGCUAAAUUGCACAGGAUCAAUUGUACAGAACACGCAUUAUUCAGAGGAUAGUGGGUCUAAUGUAUUCACAGCAAGAGCAACCGAAAGAAAUUCUAUGCUACAGAAUUCUGCAUCCUCCCAGAUUAGUCCUUCAUGUUUCAGGACCCAUGAGGAUUUGGAGAACUCUAUGGUCUCCUGGAAGCCAAAUGGAGAAUUUGUAUUUAGCUCCUCUAUCUCAUCUCUGUGCUCUAAAGAAUAUAAGGAGCAAGACAGUCUUUCUCAGUCUUUAUCUGUCGGCCAACUCUUCACACAAGACAGUCAAGGGUACAAAGUGAUAAGUCAUAGAUCUGUAUGUGACCAGAGGAGGAAAUGUCAUACAUCUCUUCCACUUCAGGACAGGACAAACAUUGCUUGUGAUAUUACAAGUCCACCUACUAUAUCACAGUCACUGUGUGAUGAGGACUCCCUGCAGAGGAUAUUUACCCAAGACUCUGAAGGCAACUUGGUCAUAAAACACUGAUUGUGUGAGCUACACUUGGCUCCUUCAAAGAAAGAAAAGUGGUGUGUGUAAGAAAGUGGCGGCUUGGAGUAGCUAUAAAGCAUGAAACUGCUAUAUGCUGAAAAUUUGUUCCCAUUCUUAGGUAAUUUCACAGAUAAC